AUGAAGUCCUCACAUAACCUCUCGGGGUUAAUCCUCCUUUGUUUGAUGGGGUACAUCCAUCCCACCAGCGCUGCCGAUAAAUUCUCAAUCACACUCCCAAUCACAGCUCGGACUUCAUCCGUCGAAUCCGAUAGCGCAGCAGUCUACUACCCUUCUAAAUCCAAGUACUCACCAAUAUUCAUCGGUAACGACGGGUCUGCCGAAACCGGCGGAUUCCAUGUUUAUGAACUAUACGGCAAACGAAGUGAUGCCUUGGUGAAAGAGCUUGGAGCGUACAAAACUGGGAGGAGUAAGUUGGUGGAGGUGGUUUAUGGUGAAGAUAGGGACUUUGUGGUUACGCUGUCCAUGUCGGAUGGGAUGUUUAGGGUCUUUGAGGUUGAUGGAAAGAAUGGAGUGAGGGGUCUUAAGGCGGAAAAGCUCGUUAGGGGUGAUUUUUCGGCGAUGUGUACGUGGAAGAGUAAGGUUGGAGAGUACGUGUAUGUUUUGGGGAAGAGAUGGGGGUAUAGGUUCUUGGUUAGGGAGAAGAAGGGCGGGAGGGGAGUCGAGGUUGUCCAAACACAAGAAUUUGGAAUUCCUAUUGAACCGAAUUCGUGUACUGUUUCACCUGAAGGGAAGGUAUUCUUGGCGGGUGAUAGUGGGAAGGUUUUCUCCUUCUUAGCAGUUGACGAAACUGCUGCGCCAAAGAUCGUAGAAGUUGGGGAGUUGGGCGGUGGUGAUGAGGUUAAGGGCCUCAAGAUAUAUCAUGGAAAGAAAGAUACUUAUCUUCUCGUUGGAUUGGAAGAUGGAAUCGAAGUCUUUGAUAUCAAGAAACUGGGAAGUUCAUUAGGAAAGAUCCAGUUCGACGAUGAAGAGCUCGAGGUUGGAGAUUUUGCAGUACACCAGACAAGUGCGAAGGGAUAUGAGGAUGGGAGUAUUGUUUUUGCAGGGGAGGAUGGGGAAGGGAAGUUCUUUGGAGUCAGUUCUUUGACUCCUUUGUUUAAAGCAUUAGGGAAGGGAAAGCUGAACACGAAGUACGACCCACGAGACUGUACCGACAACCAUGCGAGGCCGAAGAAGUGCGCCAAUCUUUCUGAUUGCAAUGGAUACGGAUACUGCCCGAAAGAUUCUCGAGAUAAGAAGGCCACCUGCGAUUGUUUCCCCGGGCUUACAGGAAAGACAUGUAAUAAAAUUACCUGCCCAUCGAACUGUACAUCCCCAUCCCAUGGAACUUGUACUGGUCCAAACAUCUGUACUUGCAUCCCACCCUUCACCGGCGAAAACUGUGCAACCCUAGCUGUUCCAGCUAGAUACGAAACAGAAGAGAGUGGCGGAGCAGAUGGAGAUGAUCCCGCCAUAUGGAUUCAUCCAACCGACAAAACAAAGUCGAGGAUUAUUACAACAGUAAAGAGUGAGGUUGGAAGUGGACUUGGGGUAUACGAUUUGAAGGGCAAGAGAACGGGAGGUGUUAGCGGCGGUGAACCGAAUAAUGUGGAUGUUUUGUAUGGAGUUGAAUUUGCAGGGAGGAAGGUUGAUUUGGCAGUGGCGGCUUGUAGAGCUGAUGAUACUAUCUGUAUAUACGAAAUCACCCCCACCGGCGAUUUAGUCACCAUCCCAGGCGGCGUUCAACCUCUCCCGCCAGCCGUCAAAGAACUAGAGAAGAAAUUCAAAGUUUACGGCUCCUGCGUCUACCAUUCUCCCAAAACAGGAGCAUAUCAUAUUUUCGUCAACUCCAAAUCCUCGCUGUAUCUUCAAUUCCAGCUUUCUGCGACUACAGACGGAAAAUUGAAUACUACUUUGGUGCGACACUUUUAUGCAGGAAAUAGAGGACAGGUAGAAGGCUGUGUGGUGGAUGACGAGAACUCUAGCCUUUUCCUUGGUGAAGAGCCGUAUGGAAUUUGGAGUUAUGAUGCCGAACCUGAUCAACCGGCGGUUGGAACACUAGUCGAUAACACAGUCGUUGACGGUGGAAAACUUCAUGCCGAUGUCGAGGGAGUCACACUAGUCUAUGGAAAGACUAAAAAAGAAGGAUACAUCAUCGUUUCCUGUCAAGGAUACAGUGAAUACAAUAUUUACCAACGAUAUCCACCCCAUGAGUUUGUCAUGAGCUUUAGCAUUCCGGAUAAUAAAGAAAAGGGCGUGGAUAGAGUCACGAAUACAGAUGGGAUUACUGCUGUUGGAGCGAACUUGGGGAAGGAAUGGCCCUAUGGAAUGGUGGUUGUACAUGAUGAUGUUAAUGAAGCUGCGGGUGGAGGGGUUAGAGCCGACGCCACAUUUAAGAUCGUAGGAUUGGGGGAUAUUUUGGGCAAUAAGGCAGUGAAGGAACUGGGUCUUUUGAAAGGGGUGGAUGAGAACUGGGAUCCUAGAAAGUAG